AUGAAGCGUAGAUGGGGCUACAAUGAGGAGGAGGUGGGCGAGGCUGUCGAGCUGAGUGGCGUACCUCGCCAGGAGCUGUUUCUACAAAGCAAGAUCCAUCCGGAGGAUCUGGGCUAUGCCGCGACCAAGCGCGCGUUCGCGCGCUCUCUGCGGCGGUUGAAGACCGACUACCUGGAUGCCAUGCUGGCCCCAUGA